UCAAUAUGGAUUCUCUUGCAGCGAACGUCGAAACAAAGUCAUACAAGUUCGGGAAGCUGGAUGCAAUUAUUUCUAUCUUGAGAGCUCGGAUGGUGUGCUUCUAUGAAAAUCAUGCGACAAGCUCAAGGAGGGGUUCUCAUAGGACAUUAGUCAAGUUCCCUUGGCUACUUGGGCACCUUAAGCAAACGCGCGAUGGGACUGGCAACCUAAAUAUGCCUAUUUACCGCGAGAAGCAAUCCGAUGUGCACUUUUCUGAUAUCAAGUCGGCAGCCUACAACCCAGAGACGUGGCCAAGCGAUCUAAUCUCCACUAACAGCAUUACAUGUCCAGAGAAGGACACGGGGGUAAUCAAACUCGUUAAUGUCCACGUCGUGCGUUUGAAGGGGAACAGCGGAAUGAUAAUUUCGGCAGGCUUUUGCCAUGGCGUUGCUGACGGUACCAGCUGCUUUACGUUUCUCAACCGCUGGGCGGAUGAGACACGCAUGCUCAUCACUGGUGACCCGCUGGAAGAGGUCGAGUACUGCUUUGAUCCUGCUCUGCUGCUCCAGUAUCUACCCAGUGAGCGCACACCACUCAGUGAGACGACGAAGGAGGUGCUUUCCCUGAACUCGCGCAUAGGUAAUUUCAUUAUGCGACUGUCGCCAACAGCCCGCGGGAAGUUGCUGAAUUUUAUUGACAGCAAGACUCCACUACAUGGCCAUCUCUUCCGCAUCUCGCACAAGGCGCUUGAUGAAUUACGCAGCCAAGUUCUUGAGUGUAUGCCGCCUGGGUCCCGCGUAUCCGACAAUGACCUUCUGGUUGCCACCGCCUACAAGGUCCACGGACAGGCCGAGCUAGAAGCCGCAAGCAACAGCAAGGGGUUGUUUGCCCGACUAUUCCAAUGCAGAACAAGAGCCCAAGGGGAGCACUGCCUUUUGACCAACUUCAACGUCACCGGUCUACUAGGAAUGGGUAAUCUGAACUACGUAGGGAAUCCGCUGAUGGGAGAGUCAGCAACAUCCAACAUAUCGCCGCCAUAUGUUGCAGAGUACAUGGACACCUUUAAUGCACCAAGCUGCAAACUGGGCACAUUCACUGCUCUAACUACGCAUUACAAUGUCUUUACCACCACAUCGAACGUCAGACGCUUAAAGAUGUAUGACGCCGAUUUUGGCAGCGGCGUGCAGGCGUUUACGACGGUUCCCCCCGAUUACGGAGCAGGUGUAUUCCUUUUCAUGCCGUCACCAUCAGCAAGCAAGGAUAUUAUUGUCAAUGUGUCUGCGUCGCCAGCGGUAAUGGACUGCAUCCUGAAAAACAGGCAUUGGAUGGAGCUUGCAGAGUUUGUUUACUAAGUAAUGGAGACACCAAGAUUAUCGAAAUAUACUUGCU